AUGACAAAUAUCUUCCAGAAGGGGAGAAGAAGCCUCCGAUUCCGCCUUAAUCAUUGGCAUCUUUAUGUUGCAGGAACAGCCCCUGAGAUCCAACCUGAGCUUCUUAUUAAGAACCCGCUGCUAAUUACUCGCCGUGGUAGGCCUUCAGAGCCUAGUCGUGCUGAAUUACAGGAGUUCUCCCAGUCUCAAAGCCUACUUACACAGGAACAGCCUCAGGAGACUACACUUGACAUUGUAUAA